AUGAGGAAGUAUUUUUUAGAAAUUCUAUUUGUUACUUUACUUUUAUCUUUAUUAUUGAGCCAUUCAAUUGAUAACAAUGUUUUAGUUCAUGGUAAAAAGAUUAAAAUAUCAAUUUCAGAAUUGGAUAACAUUAAUAAUAAUAAUAAUAAUAGAAUAAAUGAUGGAUUAAAUAAAGAUUUACCAGUUAACACCAAUAGUGAUAGUGCUGGUGGUAAAUCAGAUUCAGAGGGUAGUGGUAGUGGUAGUGGUAGUAUAAAACCAACAAACUCUUCAUCACAUGAAAAUAAUGGUGGUAAUUCAACAAAUAGCUCAAGUGAUAAUCAUCAUCAUAAUAGCAGUAGCAGCGAAGAUAAUAAAGGAAGUAGUGAUCAUAAGAGCAGCAGUGAGGAUAGUAAAGGUAGCAGUGAGGAUCAUAAGGGUAGUAGUAGUGAGGAUCAUAAAGGUAGCAGUAGUGAGGGUCAUAAAGGUAGCAGUAGUGGUGAGGAUAGUAAAGGAAGUGAAGAUAGUAAAGGUAGCGGUAGCGAAGGUCAUAAAGGUAGCAGUGAAGAUAGCAGCACUGAUAAUAAUAGUAGUAGCAAAAAUAGUAGCAGCGAAGAACCAACACCCAAACCAACUGAAACCCCGUCACCAACUAAAUCUCCAACACCAUCACCAACCCCAUCACCAACACCAUCACCAACACCAUCACCAACACCAUCACCAACACCAACAACAACUCCAUCACCAACACCAAAUCAAGAUUGUACAUUAUGUGAUUUAGGAUUCUUUGCAAAUGAAUCAAUUACAGAAUGUUCACAAUGUAGUAUUAAAGGUGGGUGUGUAGAGACUAAAUUCUGUCAACAAUGUGAUGCAGGUACUUAUUCAAAUGCAAUCGGAUCCACUGAAUGUCUUAGUUGCACUCAAGGCACCACUUCAAGUAGCGGUGCAAGUGAAUGUUUACCAUGUCCAGAUGGUUCAAUAACAUUGGGUAAUAGAUCAAGUGAAUGUUUGGAAUGUGAUGCAGGCUACACUAGUAAUGAUGACCAUACAGAAUGUGUUCAAUGUGAUCCUGGUGCCUAUUCAUUCAAAGGUAAAUGUGUCGAAUGUGGUGUUGGCUCUUAUUCAUACAAACCCUCAUCAUUCUGUUCACUUUGCGUUGCUGGUACUUUCAACUCAUUCCAAGGUCAAUCCUAUUGUCUUGAAUGUAGUCCAGGUUCAUAUAAUCCAAACUCUGGUGGUUCUUCAAUUCAAGAUUGUAUAAAAUGUCCAGAUGGUUCAUAUUGUCCAAACUCUGGUAUGGCUGCACCUUUUAGUUGUCCACAAGAUAAAUACUGCACAAAUGGUGCAAUAUCUCCAGAUUCUUGUCAAUUGUUUUUCUCCUCAAAUUCUGGUUCCUCUGGUUGCUCUGCAAAUAAAUGGUUAUAUAUCGUAAGUUUUGGAAGUGCUGCUAUCGUUUUAAUUGGUAUUGGUGUAAUUUGGAAAUAUGUUAGUUAUAAAAAAUCAAAGAAACAAAUCGUUAACACUGAAUCAAGCAGACUUAUUCCAAAACCAACUGAUGGUCCAGAAUAUGGUGGUUUCUAG